GGUUGCAACCCAGAAAUGGAGAGUGUAGGCAACAUGGCAGCGGCUGAGAGUGGAUAUGUUGUAUUUCAACGUGGAAAAGAGAGUGAUGAAAGUGACAUUUGGGAUGACACUGCACUCAUUAAGGCAUAUGAUAAUGCAGCAUCAAUUAUGAAGGCACGAUUAGCAGAAAGAGAAGGGGGCACCAAUGAGAAUGGGGAAAUGGCUGGAGAGUCAGUGACACAAACACAAGAUGGUGCAGCGAAAAAGAAAAAGAAGAAACAUCGUCCAAAGAAGAAAAAGCAACAGCAAAAGUGGAAGAUCGGAGAUUCCUGCCGAGCUGUGUUCACCGAAGAUGGCCUAUUGUAUGAUGCAGAGAUUAUUGGCAUUGAUGAGGCUGAGAGCACCUGCACUGUCAGAUACACAGAAUAUCAGAAUGAAGAAAACCAGCCACUGGAUCGCCUCCUGCCGCCGCGACCUACUUCUAAAGCACACACCAAUGUUUCACUCAGUGAGACUGACAGCAAUGAUGUGACUAUGCAGAAUGCUGCCCCCCAGAGAAUGGGUGGGCGGGGCAAGUCCAGCGGGGCAGCCCCUGACCACCCGACCAGAGCAUCAUAUGAAUCUCACCCAUUCUUUCAAGGAAUGCCAUAUCCGCCAUUCAGGUUUCCAUCAAACCAUGCUGCUCACGCAGGAGGACCAAGAGUACCUCCGAUGCCUCCACCGCCUCCGCCUCCCCCACUGAUGUCCGAGGAUGUUGUUAGCGACGAUGAAGCCCUUAGUAGCAUGUUGAUAUCAUGGUACAUGAGUGGGUAUCACACCGGAUAUUAUCAGGGCCUGCAGCGGGGACGGCAACAGCAGCAGGGAGGUGGUGGUGCUGCAAGAUAGCAACAUCGUCACUUACUGGCGGGGAGUUCACUGCAUCAGCUCAUCACUGAAGGAUGUCACUCAAAGUUACACAAUAUCUGAAGACACUCAGAAUAAUUGUCAUGGCAUUUUCAUGUUGUAACAAAUAGUGCUUGUGUGUUAAUAUUCCAUAUCAUGUAUGAGAAGUGGAUAUGAUUCUAGGAGUUCUGUUCACACCACAGAGCUACAAGAUUCUUGUUUUGCCGAACCAAUAUACAAUUUCAGGGUUUUUACAAUCCUAUGGUAUUGGGGGAUAUUCUUCACCCAAUGUAUUUUGUUAGGAGUCAUAAGGACAUAAAUGAGAGGCAUUAUAAAGCUGAAAGGUAUUUCUUGUUGGCAUUUUGUCACCCAUCACAAAGCGUGUUAGAAUCUACAGGGUUUCAACCUGUGACUAUCAACUGAUGAAAACAUCUAUUUUAUGCCGACAGGAAUGAGACCUUGUUUUAUGCAUUGUUAUGUUAGGGGGUUCAAAAUAAUUCAUAACAGGGCAACAUGGAUCAAAUUAAACAGUUAUGUACAUCACAUGUACUUUUCUGUAUCGAUUUAACCUCAUCCUUAAUGAUCAGUUUUACUAUUUCUCCAGUCUAUUAUAUAAAGAUUAAUACCCUCGUUCCAUUUCCUGUCAUACGAUUGAAAUGAAACAAGGGGAACUGUCAAACAUUUCAAUUGAUAAAAUACAUGAAUUGUCAAUCCUCCCAAAUUCCACAGAUAUGUGAGAAGCUCUGUGUAAAGUUCCUGAUCAGACAUAUGCAGAGGCCCAAAUCAUCAUUGAUAAUGGAAGGAUGGAGAUAAUGUGCUCUCAGUAUUUGAUAAUUAGCAUGAACAUAUAUGAAAAUGUGGUGCACAUAUUAUGUAAAUUAUAUUUCAAAUUUGCAAGAAAAUUGUGUCCAAUGUUAGUGCUUUGCUUCAAUGAGUCCACAUCUGGAGAUUUUAGUUAUUUUCUACCACUUUCAUGGAAUCAAAAUUCAUCUGACAGUUGAUUUAUGUUAGUUUGGUUGUAUAUAUAACAUGAUAAAGAACAAAGAGAAAACA